AUGUAUAAAAUGGAAUAUUCUUACCUCAAUUCCUCUGCCUACGAGUCCUGUAUGGCCGGGAUGGACACCUCGAGCCUGGCUUCAGCCUAUGCUGACUUCAGUUCCUGCAGCCAGGCCAGUGGCUUCCAGUAUAACCCGAUAAGGACCACUUUUGGGGCCACGUCCGGCUGCCCGUCCCUCACGCCAGGAUCCUGCAGCCUCGGCACCCUCAGGGACCACCAGAGCAGUCCGUACGCCGCAGUUCCUUACAAGCUCUUCACGGAUCACGGCGGCCUCAACGAGAAGCGCAAGCAGCGGCGCAUCCGCACCACUUUCACUAGUGCGCAGCUGAAAGAGCUGGAGAGGGUCUUCGCGGAGACGCACUACCCCGACAUCUACACCCGGGAGGAGCUGGCCCUGAAGAUCGACCUCACCGAGGCGCGAGUCCAGGUGUGGUUCCAGAACCGCCGCGCCAAGUUCCGCAAGCAGGAGCGCGCGGCCGCGGCGGCAGCGGCCGCGGCCAAGAACGGCUCUUCGGGCAAGAAGUCCGACUCCUCCCGGGACGACGAGAGCAAAGAGGCCAAGAGCACCGAUCCGGACAGCACUGGGGGCCCGGGCCCCAACCCCAACCCCACUCCCAGCUGCGGGGCGACUGGCGGCGGCGGCGGCGGCGGCGGCGGGCCCAGCCCCGCAGGAGCCCCGGGGGCGGCGGGGCCGGGGGGGCCGGGAGGCGAACCCGGCAAGAGCGGCGCUGCGGCGGCGGCGGCGGCGGCUGCAGCGGCGGCGGCGGCGGCGGCGGCGGCGGCGGCCGGAGGCCUGGCUGCGGCCGGGGGCCCUGGACAAGGCUGGGCUCCCGGCCCCGGGCCCAUCACCUCCAUUCCGGAUUCGCUCGGGGGCCCGUUCGCCAGCGUCCUAUCUUCGCUCCAAAGACCCAACGGUGCCAAAGCCGCCUUAGUGAAGAGCAGUAUGUUCUGA